AUGGUAAUUGGAACAGUUGAUAAAAAAACUACAAAAGUACUCGAAAAGCGAUGGAAGCGUAAAAAUAAAACAGAAGAACAUAAGAUUAGUCAUGAUGAUGAAUACAAAAAAUGUGAAACAAACAGACCAUACCAAUUAGUUCCAGCUACUCUUGGAGAAGAGGCUUCAAGCAGCAAUUCCUCAGAAGAAAACGCUAUUAAACCAGAAGAUAGACUCGAUAGUCUCAAUACUCCUUCAACUUCUCAGAAGAGAAUAAAACUACCAAGUGUAGCACUGGCAUGUGACAGAACGGGUGUUUCAGAUAAGGCAGCAGCAAUUCUUGUUAGUGCAGCAUUAAAAGAUAUGGGAAUAGUUACUACAGUGGACUCAUCAAAAAUUGUCGAUCGCAGCAAAAUUCGAAGAGAAAGGGCAAAAGUUCGAGUUGACCUAAAGAGAAAAGACGAGAGAAGAAAAGAAGUGUAUGGAAUAUAUUUUGAUGGAAGAAAAGAUCAAACAUUAGUUCAAACUAGUAAAGAAGGAAUUUCGUCCAAGAAAACGAAGAUUGAGGAGCAUAUAGUUUUAGUUUCAGAACCAGGAUCUAAAUACAUUGGACAUUUCACUCCUGAAUCUGGCAAUUCGCUUAGUAUUAAAAGAGGCAUUCUAGAUUUUCUGGAACCUAAUUUUGAUGUUUCUAACUUGUUAGUUAUAGGUUGUGAUGGUACGGCAGUAAAUACUGGAUCUAAGAAUGGAAUUAUUAGACAACUUGAGGUUUCGCUGAAUCGAUCUCUGCAAUGGUUUGUUUGCCUACUGCAUGCAAAUGACCUUUAA